GUAUCCAGCGCUUAGCCUUUUAGCCCCGACGCGAUAAUUAAUUAGCUCGCGGGCAUCGUUAGAGAGAAACAACGUUAAGCCGCGGCGUAGGACUCGAGGAAAGAAAGCGAGAGAAGAAGCGAACGGGGAAAUCGCAUUUCCGAAGGGAGGAAACGAGCGCGUAAUCAAUUAUCAAGAUUUGCGCGAAAUCACAGUCUCACGAUUGUGUCAAAACGUCUGUCGUCUUGCGAAAUUACUUUGGGGAUCUAUGCUAGUCCUAAAGAGAAAUUUUCUUACGAUCGUCGACACUUUCUCAAGAAAACUUUUCUCGCUUUAUUUGCCUCCAGGCUAUGUAGGCCGCUCAAGCUUAAUGUAAAGGAAAGGUAAAAAAAAAAUAACGGGGACCAAUUUUUUACUCUUAUUCUCAUAUAGACUAUCUCUCUUCCUCUCUCCUUUUCUAUCUUAUCUAUCUCUCUUUCUCUUUCACUUUCUCUAUCCACCUUGAUAUUCUUAACUAAGUCGCCCACCGGACUAUCCAUAAAUCUCUGUACACUGUCCGUGUUAAGUCUGUUGUGGACCAGUGAAUGCAGGAAAUACGAGAAACGGAGUUGCGACUCAUGUAAGCAAUAAAUCAGAGACCAACUACGUAUGACCACGGCACCGAAGAAGUAACAUAAAUAACGCUACAACAGCACCGUAGCGGCACGAAACCGAAGGUGUCAAUCACGCCGAAAUUAGCUAAAGUUAAGCUAAACUAGAUUCUAAAAGAUUUGGUCCAAUAGAGAAAAAAAGCGAUUGUCGAAAACGAACUUUACUUUUUAGCUGCGCUAGGCAAGGGUAUAAAUAUGCGCGAGUGCUAAUCCUAAAAAAUUACAACAGCACGAGAGACUUUUAAUUCGAGCAAGAGAAAAAGAAAGAUAGAUCGAGAAGUGCUUUUCUGAUCGAGCGUGAUAUUAUCGAUAAAUUUGAACCAUCUUCUCGAGAUAUACGUAUCGAUUAGAUACAGCGGAAACAAGCGUCAAAAGCAAGAAAAACUAAUUUCUUGAAUUGUUCGAUCGAAAGAGACGAUUUCGAGCAAAAGACAACGGCUUCCAUAGGCACGAGCCGAGAGGACGAGGAAGAGCGCGUGUGGCGGCAUUUGCGUAUUCGACAACAAUGGCAUUAUCCUGAAACGGGCAUGACGCCCUUGGCCUCGAGAUGCGACGAGACCACCACCCUCCUGUUGUUGCUGCUACUCGAGCUGGCACCCGGGGCACGUUGCUAUUCGCGCGCGGCCACGACCUCCGCUUUAUCCUUACCGAGAUAGCAUCUACAGUCCCCGGCGAGGGUGCGAGUGAUGCCGCUACUCGGCAGCAUUAUGACCAUCGCCGUUGAUAGUCCGACAACGGCGUCCACGAGCGUCUUCGAGGGGAACAUGACGUGGUCUCGACCAAUCAGUGGUGGCACUACGUUUUCGAGUAACGAGGCCCACCCGACACGUGCGAUUCCGUACGGUGAGCGUCAGGCCGUGGCAGCUACCAGCAAUCGUGUUAAUCGCUUCCACAGUGGCGGAGGUACGAAGUCAGAAGCGAGCAAGAACGCUGCUAAGAACAACGAAAAGUACACCGACGGCGGCGAGCGUGGCAUUGCAAAGGAGAGAAAGGGUGACGUGGCGGCAAGAAAGGAAGCUUCCCACCAUUGCGGCCAGACUUCAGAAACUCGAGUUUGUGGCAGGAACACCGUAGGCGCGACAAAGAGUGGGGAAACUGCAUUUACUGGCGAAGAAAACGUGGCAGGGAUAGGCAUUGAAGGUGGCGGCGGUGAACAAAGUGUCAACGGCAUAGGCAGUACUAACGAUAGUGUAAGUGUGAGUACAGGUAUAUCGAAUAGCACGGAGGAGGGAGUCGCGAUCGAAUACGGGAAGGGUCUGUUGCUCUUUGGUUUUAGCGACACAAUGGAGGACAUGAUCGGUUCGUUCAAUGACUCGUUCAACACGAGUCACCGUCAUCCUUGGAACAUUAGCUUAUAUAACGAUACUUUUCCGGUGCCCGUUCUCAGUGACGAUCUGUAUCCUUCGGGAUAUACCAUUCCGCAAAUUGUAGUUGCGUCUAUCCUGGCGACGAUGCUGAUGAUCGUGAUUGUCGUUGGAAAUAUGCUAGUGAUAAUCGCCAUCGCCACGGAGAAGGCGCUCAAGAACAUACAGAAUUGGUUCAUAGCCAGCCUCGCGGUAGCGGACUUCUUUCUCGGCCUCGUGAUCAUGCCAUUCUCGCUUGCUAACGAGAUUAUGGGCUACUGGAUCUUCGGAUAUUGGUGGUGUGACAUUUAUUCCGCCAUGGACGUGCUGCUGUGUACGGCCAGCAUCAUGAAUCUGUGCCUCAUCAGCCUCGACAGAUUUUGGAGCAUCACCCAAGCGAUCGACUACCUGAAGAAAAGAACGCCGGCUAGAGCGGCGCUCAUGAUCACUCUCGUCUGGAUAUUAUCGGCGCUCGUUUGUAUACCCCCAUUACUCGGAUGGAAAAGACCCACUCCGGAAGAAAAGCAUCCCAAAUGCAAGCUGUCAGAAGACAUCGGAUAUGUCCUUUAUUCUGCUCUGGGCAGCUUCUACAUCCCAUCUUGUAUCAUGGUCUUCGUCUACAUACGUAUAUACUUCGCUGCCAAGGCUCGCGCGCGUCGCGGCAUCCGGAAACAGCCACGUCCACGCGCGGUAGUUCCGCCGGAAUCGCCCGACGUCAGGCAGACGAGCUUCACUCAAAGCACACCGGCGACCGACAGCAAGAAACCACCGGGAUCAGUCAUGGAGAACGUCGCCACAAUCGAGAAUCAACCGGUCCAGAUACCGAUUGUCACGUGCGACUUUGCCAGUGACGUCAGCACAUCGGAGGCUGAUCCCGGUGGAGGCAUCAGUAUACAAAUGGAGGAGAAGGACACGCUGAAGGUGAGCGUACCGGUAGCGGCGCAAAAAAGCAGCCUGAAGGCGACCUUGUCGGUGAACGGGGAUGGGCAAUCGGGCGGUCAGAACGUGCCGGCGCGAUGCCGAGCGCCCAGCGUCGGCAUCGACGUCGACAUGGUGUCCGAGUUCGAUCCCUCAUCGUCGGACAGCGGCGUCGUGUCGAGAUGCGCGGUAGUGAAGCCGCUGAAGUUGCGCCUGUGCCAGCCGAUCUUUGGUCGCAAGCACAUAGGUAAGUUGAAGAAGGAGCACGGCGACGCGGCGCGACACGCCGGCAAGGACGAGUCAGGCGGCGGCGACGCCAAGACGGCGAAGCCGCGCGAUCCGGAGAGAGAGAAGAGGAGACUGGCGAGAAAGAAGGAGAAACGGGCAACCCUGAUCCUGGGCUUCAUAAUGGGCAGCUUCAUCGCUUGCUGGCUGCCCUUCUUUGUCCUUUACAUCGUCAAGCCCCUCUUCCCCAAGUUUGAGAUACCCACGCAAGCCUUCGUGAUCGCUUUCUGGCUCGGCUAUAUGAACUCGGCGCUAAAUCCUUUCAUCUAUACCGUUUUUAACAAGGACUUCCGCCGCGCCUUCCGCCGGAUACUGUUUAAAUGAGCGAUGCAGUAUAGCGUCGACCAAGAGGGACGCUAGCGAUAACCAUAUUCUUCAUCCUGAGGGUACGCCGAUACAGAUCGUACCUCGAGGAUGUUCCUCUCGAUCGCAUCGCGCGACAGCCGAUCAGUUUCCUCGAAUUAUCCCCGAGGAAAACAUUGAUCGCAUGGCGGCGAGUGGGAUUCUACAAUGCCGCGAAAGAAUCUGCGAAAUAUGGAGUCAGAAAUGCGCGAGAAGCUCACGGCAGAAAAGUUCGCAUUUCAGAUCGAAAGAAGUUUUCCAGCUAAUUUUUUUUUUCCUUUUUUGAAAUACGAAGCAAGUGUUGGAAAAGGCGCAUUGUGAAAAAUGCUCGGACAAGGCAUGUCGCUUAGUUCGUAUAUCCUUUCGAGACCUUUGUCACCUUCCGAGAAGACGGAUUCAUCUGUCAAAUCAAUGUUACAAUUUUACUCGGAAGAACGUAAGUUGACUGGUCAAAGAGAAAGUUUUAAAAAGCUGUCGAGAUACGCAAAUAAAAAUUUCCUCCACGUUAUUAAUGACAAAACAAAUGAUGGAAAUAUUUAUCGAGAUGAAAGGUAUUUAGAAUAUCUCCUUCACUAUACCCGUUAAAUUACGCACAUCGAAUGCCGUAGCGAUCACGAUCGAUCAGGCUAUCCUUACACAGCUCACAUGGCUCUCGGCGACAGAUCAACGAACUUCGAAAAGUACGCUUCGGCUGGCCACGGGAACACAAAUUGCCACAUGCGGCGUACUCUCGGAUUUAUGAUAUACCUUGCAAAGCGAGUCACUUCGUAGACCAAGAGGCAGCAUAUCGCUCCUUCCUCCAUCUGCGCAUAUUUUUUUUACUGACCAUUCUUCUUCCACAAAAAAGAAUAGAGGAUAGCGAGAGAGAAGCGGGAUGAUACGCGCGAACACUAUAUAUCCCGGCUCCGUUCCGGAUGGAGGAUACUAUUACCGUGCCUAAUCUCUUGGUCACGUUUACGAAAGGCAUGACAAUCCAAAGUUGCGUACGCAACACGCUUGUGUAGAGAUAUACACGGGCUCGCCGCGGAGAGUUACAAAUUCCAUUGUGCGUUCACGCACUUCGCAGUAGCAGAUGCAGAUUCACGUGGGAUGCAAUUUAGAGCGGCAUUCAAUCGUGUAUACACGAUACGAUGGCAGCGGCGGCGGAGGAUGACGAUUGAAGGAGCAUAAAAGAUCGUACGAGCAACGAUCGGCCGCGUGAACACCAGCCAGCGUUGAAAAUCGUCGGCAGAUCUACUGACAAAUAAAUGAGGACGCGAGAAGGUAUAAGAUACGUUUCCUAUUAUAUAAUUAGAUAUUCGCGCGUUGUGGGUCCGCUUAAAGGGCCUCUUUAAACGUCCGGCGUUUUCAAUCGUGAGUCUUCGAUGUUAAUUUUAACGGAGGAUUACACAUGUAUAGAAUUUAACAAUUCUGUCACGUACGUGCAGGGUAUAUGGAUUCGUGUGUAUAUGUGUUGGCGCAUGUGUGUAUGUGCGCGCGCGUGUACUUUCUUUCUUGCGAAAAAAAAAAGUACAAGAGAAGAUACGAAAGCCUCCUUUUAUUUUAUAUAAGCAGGUUCCUCUAUCGCAGCCUAACUAUACAGCAAUAAUUAAUUUUUUGUCCGUUGAAAAUUCUCGUUUAUUUGAACGAGAUAUGGCGAGGGAGUAAAUCGGCGCUAAACGAUCAGUCGUGAAUUGUGUCUUCGAUCAUACAUCGUCCGAUACGUAUGUGCAUGUACAAUGUAUGGAUGUGUGUUUGCAUAUGGGCAAGCACGUACACAUGCUAUCGAUAUGUGAUGAAUGAUCGCUUUGCGUCGAAGGGUCCAAAAAUUGAAUGCAAAUCUAGGUAAAAAUAGAAAAAAAAAAACGAAACUGUAUGUCCGAUAUUCCAUAAUUCAAAUUUAUUUCCUAUCGUAACCGGAGACUUUAAUCAUACUUCGGUUAUAUUUGCUUCGGUUAUGGUGGAUAUAUUCUAUAUCAAACUUGUGGACUGGUAACGGAAAAAUGGCACGUCAAACGAUGGAGGAUGAUCGAGAGUAAGCAGUUAAUUCUCUCGAAGGGUACAAAAUAGAUCCGCCAUUUAGUGAGACCGCAACUCCUAAGAUAGAAAUAUUAUUUCCGUAAGACGGAAAUCCCCAUGCCUGUGCCAGCAAACAGAUGUUCUCGUACGUCUUCUGGCGAUCAAACGCGGAAAGGGGUAUGUCGCGGGAUAGAGGAGAGAGCAACGUCCCGUGCACCUGUGCUCGUCAUUCCGCGGUAACAACCGGGGAAACAAUAUUCCACAUUUCAUCCCAUCAAGCCGAGAUCCUCGUAUCCGCGCAAGAGAGUUCACAACGACACGCAAGAGAGAUUUUGGAAUUUUCCUCUUCCGGGAUUUUCAAAGUACCGGUGACAGUUCACUUUUCUCCGCCGCUCUCACUGGUAUUUUACUUGGUAAAUAAGAGAGAGAGAGAGAGAGAGAGAGAGAGAGAGAGAGAGAGAGAGAGAGAGAGAGAGGAAGAAAGGGAGAACAACACAGUAAGCUGCGGCACAAUAAAUCCUGUACGCCCGAUAUAACGUAUACAUUAACGAAAAUGUAAGCGUUUAUGCACGUACGUGACGCGCAAUAUACCACAACGAUAAAUCGAUAAAUAUAUUUCGCGCGUCUGGUUUUCGUGUUAUUUAAGAGUAUGCAUGUCUUGCCUGGGUGCGUGCGUGCGUGCGUGCGUAUGCUCUCGCAUCUCGCUCUCGCAUAGCUCCUUUAUCUGUUUCCCGUCUAACUUUCAAAGUCUCCCCCAAGAUUCUUCGCUUAAAUGUUUUCAGCUUUCAUUAGCAUUAAUUUCCCCAGUAAUCUUUCUUGUGCAGUUCAAAAUUUCUAAUUUUAAUCUCUUUUUAUAGUCCAUUUUUCAUCUUUUAACAUC